UUUAAUAGCAUAAGACGGCACGCAGUUUCUUCAUCAAACCUCGUUUUUUCUCCCUUAAGUAUUUUAUUCAGGCACCUCCAUCCCUCUCCGUCUUCUCAGUCUCCCUCCAAAAAAAGAUGGCGUCGGCGUCCUCUUCAGGCGGAGUCGCCGGAAGGCUUCGAAACGCAUCGUUGGUUCUCGUAGGCGAUAACGAUUCCACAAUCUCUGACAUACGUAAAGCUGUGACUUUGAUGAAGAACAUUGCUGUUCAGCUGGAGAAAGAUAACCAAACUGAGAAGGUUAAAGACCUUGAAAACUCUGUGGCUGAGCUGUUGGAUUUGUAUGGUGAUUGUGCUCAUCGUUCCUCAGCUAUUCAAUCUGUUGCAAAUGGGUACCAGCCUGGAGAACAGUUAACUGACUUUAAAAAGUUGCUUGACGAUGAGUUCACAAAGCUCAAGGCUACAACUCCUUCAGUGCCAGAAAAUCAUCAUUUGAUGCGCCAGUUCCGGGAAGCUGUUUGGAACGUUCAUCAUGCAGGUGAACCAAUGCCUGGCGAAGACGAAGAGGACAUUGUGAUGACCAGUACUCAGUGCCCUUUCCUGAACGUCAAAUGCCCUGUGAGCGGGAAGCCUCUCACUGAACUAACAGAUCCAGUUCGCAGUAUUGAUUGCAAGCACGUGUACGACAAAGCUUCAAUCAUGCAUUACAUAGCCACCAAUCCCAAUGCGAAAUGUCCUAUAGCUGGCUGCCGAGGUAAACUGAAGAACAACAAAGUGGUUUGUGAUCCAAUGCUCAAGUUUGAAAUCGAGGAGCUGCGCACAAUGAACAAACAAUCUAAUAGAGACGAAGUGAUUGAAGACUUCACAAAUGCAGACGAUGAAGAUUAGAAGAGAUCAAAUCAUCUCAUAAGCAAUGUUGAAGCCCAUAUGUUUUUCUUCAAGUUUGCAACUUUCUAACUAUAUUUAAUCUUAAUGUUAAGUCUUGUUUUGGAUGUAAAUAGUCAGUGAUGCUCUUUGAUUCAACUCCUCGUUUUGGCUAAAGUUUUGAGUUCUUUCACACAGAGGAGCUUAUCUCAUUUCGGUUUA